GCACAGCUGUGUAGGCAGAUGGGCUGUCGAGCCUAUUGGCUACCUCCUCUGUGUGCUGUUAGCCCUCAUCUUGCUCCUUUUCAGAGUCCAAAGGUAACAAAUCUCUUUAUGCACUCCCAAGCGAGGUCUGAAGUGGCAUUCAUGGUCUGGUGGGUUUUGUCUCUGCAGGUUUUCCGCUGCCCCAUGAGUUUCUUUGACACAACUCCAAUAGGCCGACUCUUGAACUGCUUUUUGGGGGACUUGGAUGAGCUGGACCAGUUGUUGCCCAUUGUCGCUGAGGAGUUCCUGCUCCUGUUUUUGAUGGUGACCCCCAUUCUGGGGGUCACCAGCGUGCUGUCCCCAUACAUCCUGUUGAUGGAAGUCAUUAUAGUCAUUGCUUGCCUUAUUUAUUAUGUGAUGUUCAAGAGAGCCAUCAAUGUGUUUAAGAGACUGGAAAACUACAGCCGGUCCCCUUUAUUCUCCCACAUCCUCACCUCCUUGCAGGGCCUAAGCUCCAUCCGUGUCUAUGGGAAGACUGAGGACUUCAUCAGCCAGUUUAAAAGGCUGGUAGAUACACAGAACACCUACCUGCUGAUGUUCCUGUCUUCCACGAGGUGGGUGGUGCUGAGGAUGGAGAUUAUGACCAACCUGAUAACCUUGGCCGUGGCCUUGUUUGUAGCGUUUGGCAUUUCCUCGGCUUCCUAUUCCUACAGAGCCAUGGUGAUCAGCCUCGUGCUGCAGCUGGCAUCCAUGUUCCAGGCCACGGCUCGGCUUGGCUCGGAGACAGAGGGGUACUUCACAGCUGCGGAGAGGAUGCUGCAGUACAAAAAGAUGUGUAUUUCUGAGGCCCCUUUACGUGUGGAAGGUGCAAGUUGUCCCUCUGCAUGGCCACAGCAUGGGGAAAUCACAUUCCAGGAUUAUCAGAUGAAGUACAGAGACAACACUCCUAUUGUCCUCAAUGGAAUCAACCUGACCAUCCCUGGCCAAGAAGUGGCGGGCAUCGUGGGAAGGACGGGCUCUGGAAAGUGCUCCUUGGGUGUGGCUCUUUUCCGCCUGGUGGAGCCUGCAGCAGGCCGCAUUCUCAUCGAUGGGGUGGACAUCUGCAGCAUUGGGCUGGAGGACCUGCGGUCCAAACUGUCAGUCAUCCCUCAAGACCCAGUCUUGUUCUCCGGUACCAUUAGGUUCAACCUAGAUCCCUCUGACUCUUACACAGACCAGCAGAUCUGGGAUGUCUUGGAAAGGACUUCCCUAACCAAGACUAUCUCCAAGGUCCCUGGGAGGCUGCAUGCAGAAGUGAAGGAGAGCAGUGGCAAUUUCUCUGUCAGGGAGAGGCAGCUGCUGUGCAUUGCUCGAGCCCUUCUUUGCAACUCCAAGAUCACCCUUAUUGAUGAAGCCACAGCCUCCAUUGACCUGGAGACCGAUACCUUGACUCAGCGCACAAUCCGAGAGGCUUUCCAGGGCUGCACAGUGCUGGUCAUUGCCCACCGCAUCACCACUGUUCAAAACUGUGACCGAAUCCUGGUGAUGAGCCAUGGGAAGGUCGUGGAGUUUGACAGGCCCCAGAUCCUGCAGAAGCAGCCCGGGUCAUUGUUUGCAGCUCUGCUGGCAGCAGGCCACUCUUGGCUGAGAUCAGGAGAGGUGGCGACCAUGUGAAGACUGGUGGCCAAGCUCAAAGUAGCACCAAGGUGUACCUGCAAGGCCUGCAGCCCAUGAUGUGGCUCUUUCCCCUGGAAGCAGUGCUGAAGUGUGGUGACAGGUGCUGGGAUGGAAAAGGAAGUUAAGACAGAAAACUCAAAACAGGCUACUUUGUGGCUCACAAACCUUAGAACCCAGUCCUGCUUGAGACCACAGGGCCACAUGAUCAUGUGCCUCUUUUUAGUUCAUAUGCUAAAAAAUUAUAUAGUAAUGUAACAGCACAUUACAGUGUUCUGAUCUAUAUUAGAAAUGUUGCAAAUGAUGUAUUGAUUUGGUAGAAAAUAAAACAAAGGA